AUGUCGAAAGACUUGAAUUCUUCACGCAUCAAAGUCAUUAAACCUAAUGAUUCUUACAUAAAAGUUGAACAGAAAAAAGAUUUAACAAAGUAUGAAUUAGAAAACGGUAAAGUAAUUUCCACGAAGGACCGUCCCAUCGCUUCUGUACCUGCCAUAACUGGGAAGAUACCAAGUGAUGAGGAAGUAUUCGACCCCAAGACAGGAUUACCUAAUCAUUCCUUUUUAAGAGAACAUUUCUUUCAUGAAGGUCGACUUUCUAAGGAACAGGCCAUAAAAAUCUUAAAUAUGUCAACUGUAGCAUUGAGUAAAGAACCCAAUCUACUAAAACUCAAAGCCCCAAUUACUAUUUGUGGCGACAUUCACGGUCAGUAUUACGAUUUAUUGAAACUGUUUGAAGUCGGUGGUGACCCCGCCAAAAUCGAUUAUCUAUUCUUGGGGGAUUAUGUUGAUAGAGGCGCGUUUUCUUUUGAAUGUUUAAUUUAUUUAUAUUCCUUGAAGUUGAAUAAUUUAGGGAGAUUUUGGAUGCUAAGAGGUAACCAUGAGUGUAAGCACUUGACGUCUUAUUUUACUUUUAAGAAUGAGAUGUUGCACAAAUACGACAUGGAAGUUUACGAUGCCUGCUGCAGAUCAUUCAAUGUCUUACCAUUAGCAGCUUUAAUGAACGGACAAUAUUUUUGUGUACAUGGUGGUAUCUCUCCAGAAUUAAAAUCGGUAGAGGAUGUUAAUAAAGUCAAUAGGUUCCGAGAAAUCCCAUCUCGUGGUCUCAUGUGUGACUUACUGUGGGCUGAUCCUAUUGAGGAAUAUGAUGAUGCAAGAGACGGUAGUGAAUUUGAUCCGAGCGAGGAUGAAUUCGUACCCAAUAGUUUGAGGGGCUGUUCCUUCGCCUUCACUUUCAAGGCGUCAUGCAAGUUUCUGAAAGCAAAUGGUCUACUAUCUAUUAUCAGAGCACACGAAGCACAAGAUGCAGGGUAUAGAAUGUAUAAAAACAACAAAGUAACAGGAUUUCCAAGUUUAAUAACAAUGUUUAGUGCUCCAAACUAUCUGGAUACCUACCACAAUAAAGCUGCUGUGCUAAAAUAUGAAGAAAACGUCAUGAAUAUAAGGCAGUUCCACAUGUCUCCGCACCCUUAUUGGUUACCUGAUUUUAUGGAUGUUUUCACCUGGUCGUUACCUUUUGUUGGCGAAAAAGUUACUAGCAUGCUAGUAUCUAUAUUAAACAUAUGUAGUGAAGAAGAACUUGACCCAGAAUCAGAACCACAAACUGCAGAGGAGAGUGUUGAGGCAAACAGAGACGCAACUAGGAAAAUUAGCGCCCCACCUGGUGAAAAGACGUCAUCAGCAAUAUUAGAAGAUGAGACUCGAAGAAAGGCUUUGAGAAAUAAGAUAUUGGCCAUUGCUAAAGUUUCAAGAAUGUUUUCGGUGCUAAGGGAAGAGAGCGAAAAAGUGGAAUAUCUGAAAACCAUGAAUGCUGGUAUCUUACCUCGUGGUGCUCUAGCCCGUGGGACUGAAGGUCUGAAUGAAACGCUAAGCACUUUUGAAAGGGCUAGAAAAAAUGACCUUAUUAAUGAAAAAUUACCACCGUCUUUAUCAGAGGUUGAACAAGAGAAGAUUAAAUAUUACGAAAAAAUAUUAAAAAGAGCGGAGAAAAAGUCACAGCUGUAA